AUGAACUCAGCAUUGGACGAGGACGUCACCCUUCCCGAAGGGACUUUGAGCGGCAGCAGUGUCCUCAUUCCCACUUUACCAGAUGAGCUGGAUGACGUCAACCCCAGUGCUGGUGUGAGAACUGAUGUGCUCCCAAAUGUGUCAGAAGAAAGAUUAUCUCCCACCAGAGCACGGAACAUGAAGGACUUUGAAAAUCAAAUCACUGAAUUGAAGAAAGAAAACUUUAACUUAAAGCUCCGCAUCUAUUUCCUUGAGGAAAGGAUGCAACAGGAAUUUGAUGGUCCCACUGAACACAUCUACAAAACUAACAUUGCACUUAAGGUGGAAGUAGAAAGUCUGAAGCGGGAACUCCAGGAGAGAGAGCAGUUGCUUAUCAAAGCCUCCAAAGCAGUUGAGACCUUAGCUGAAGGGGGUACCUUUGAAAUACAGCGGGUGAAGGAAGAUGCUCGGAAGAAGGUGCAGCAGGUGGAAGAUUGCCUGACCAAGAAAAUACACCGCUUAGAGGAGGAUGUGAAAGCCGCCCAAGCAGAACUGGAAAACGCCUUUACAGGAACGGAAAAGGAGAAGACCCUUCGCCUGAGCUUGGAAAAGCAGCUUUCAGAGAUGAAGAAACUGCAGGAGAGUGACAUGGAGAUGGCAUUGGUCCUGAAGGAAAAAGACAGACUGAUUGAGGAGUUGAAGCUGUCUUUGAAGAGCAAAGAAGCUUUAAUUCAGUGCCUUAAAGAGGAGAAAUCUCAGAUGGCAUCUGCUGAUGCGAAUGUGUCGUCUGGAGAGCUCCAAGGACUUUCUGCUACUCUGAGAGAAGAAAAGAAGAGAGAAACAGAGGCUUUGAUAUUAGAGCAUCAGAAGGAGAGAAAUUCCUUUGAAGAGAAACUCCAGGCACUUCAGGAGGACCUGAGAGAGAAGGAAAGAGAAAUUGCUAUAGAAAAGAAAAAUAGUUUAAAGCGGGAUAAAGCCAUUCAGGGUCUAACCAUCGCAUUAAAAUCAAAGGAAAAAGAGGUUGAAAAACUUCACUCUGAAAUUGAAGAACUCACUGCUGCUUUUGCUGAAGCCAGAGAGGCCUCUCAGAAGGCACAGAGGCAGAAAUUGCAGGGGUCUGAAGAGUAUGAGGCAGCCUUGUCUGAAAAGGAAGCCCUUCUGGCUGAAUUGCGUUCUGAAAACCUCACCAAGAGUACAGAGAAUCACAGGUUAUGUAGGACUAUUAAAAAGAUCACCCAGGAGCUGAGCGACUUGCAACAGGAGAGGACAAGACUAGAAAAAGACCUGGAGGAAGCCCAUCAAGAGAAGAGCAAAGACGACUGUACCAUCCGUGACCUUACAAACCAAGUUGAGAAAUUAUGUGACAGAAUGAAUGAAAGAGAGAGGGCAGUGGAGAAUCGUUAUAAGAGUCUUUUGAGUGAAAAUAAUAAGAAGUUGCACAGCCAAGAGCAAACGAUCCAACGACUAACAGAAAGUGUCAAUCAGAAGGACUUGUUGCUUAUGAAAUUCAAUGAAAAAGAUUUGGAAGCAAUUCAGCAGAACUGUCAUCUAAUGACAGCAGAGGAUUUCAAGUUCAGGAGCGAAGGCUUAAUAACAGAAAAGUGCUCUUCUCACCAGUCACCAGGCAGCAAAAUCAUCUUUGAGGACAAGCAACAGUCAGACUAUGAAGAGCUGCUUCGGGUCCUGAAGAAAGAGCAGGGCAUCUAUUCCAGUCUGGUAAAGUCUCUGCAGGACUCAAGCAGUAUCAACAACCUGCAGGCUGAGCUCAACUCCAUUUUUGCCCUGCGGAAACAACUGGAGCAGGAUGUGCUCGCGUAUCGGAAUUUGCAGAAGACCUUAGAGGAGCAAAUCAAUGCAAUUCGCAUGCGAGAAGAAGAAACGUUUUCAUUUUAUAGUGAUCAAACAUCUUAUUUGAGUAUUUGCCUUGAAGAACACAAACGGCUACAAGUGGACCAGUUUUCUCAAGAAGACCUAAAGAAAAAGGUCAUUGACCUUAUACAGCUAGUGAAGGAGCUCUAUACAGACAACCAGCACCUGAAGAAAACCAUUUUUGAUCUCUCCUGUAUGAAUUUCCACGGAAAUGAUAGACUUGAGUCAGUAGAACAAAUGGAGCUUCUGGCUAGCCAAGAGAAUGCAGACCAAAGAGGAGAAGACGACAAGAAGAAUGUUCUUAGUGACCAACAUCUGCAGCAGAGCAAUGAGAUUAUGGAAGAUUCUUUCAAAGGAGGCUGUAAAAAUGGAUACUUAUGGCACAUGGACUCCAAUAUUUUAGACUACGAUGGAACCCUCAAACCUGACUGCCCUGGAGACCAGCGCCCCGAGGGAGGAGAGCUGAUGCACCUGCUUGGCCCUUUCUUUAAUGAAAAGGCCACUUUGUUACUAGAAUCCAGGCCUGAUCUUCUGCAAACAUUGCACAAACUACUUCUGCAACAAAUGUACUUGAAAGAGCAGAAAGUUUCUGGAGAAAAACGUGAUGGUAAAACCAAGACGUCACUUCAGCAAAUGGCCAUCCAACUGAGAGGUGAACUCAGACGUUUCAUCCAAGCCAACUCAUUUUCCAAGCCUCAGGAUGAGCGGCCGUCACCUUGGGAGGCCCAGAAAAUAAAGAUGAGUGAAAUGUCCAAGGUGGAGCUGAAAGACGCCUCGGUGCAGACCCUGAUCAUGGAGGGUGACACUGUCCGAUUCACACAUGAAGGAAUAAGAAAGCCGUGGAAAGGAAAACCAACAGAUACUAUGUUGAAUGCUGAGCAUCAGCAAGAGAAUAUCACUCCCUUUUCUGUCCCAAGUGCAAUCAGCAAAGAUGCUAAGAAAUCUCGCUUGCCAGUUCUCCUCAAACCUUCCCAGUCGUUAGGAAGCAUGUAUCUGCCGCCCUCUGCCACCCAGGAAGUGGUGACCCAGCUGCAGGGCCAGAUCAUGGAGCUGAAGGGAGAGCUGAAGGAGUUUAAAACUCGAAACAAACAACUUCACCAACGGCUAAUUCUGGCUGAAGCCAUGAUGGAAGGGAAGCCAACAUCGGACCAAAUGCUGCAGAAUGCCCAGCCCCGUGUGGGAGCAGCUUACCAGAGCAGCCCAGGAGAACAAAACGAACUGAAAACCAUGCCCUGCAUCUGGAAAGACAAGGAAACGGACAGCAACGAUCAGCCAACAAGCUGUGAGACUGACUCUGAAAUUUACCCACCUGGUGACCUUGCCAUCUUGCCAGCAUUCAAAGAGAACCCUUCCGAAGCCUGUCUGCGUACAACUUCAGUAACUUCUCCAUGCGUGAGUUCUAAGACCCAGCUUUCUGUUAAAGUCAGCGAGAUUGAGACUGAUCAGUCUGAGCAUACUGAGGCCUCCAACGACGUAGAAUACUUAAAACAGAAAAUCUGUGACCUAGAAACUGAGCUCAAGGGCUACCAGAAUUUUCUACUUCAGCUUCAAUCAGGAAAGCACUCCCAGUGCAGUGAGGCCAUUAUCACUGUUUUGUGUGGGACAGAAGAGGCCCAGGAAGGCUUGAACAAGCCUGAGGGCAACAUUGAAGAUGAAGAAUUGACCUUCUCCAGUUUGCACCAAGUACAUUACGUGAAACACAUGAAAAUCCUUCAUCCUGUGGCCCCAGAGACGAUUGAUGGCGGGAUCUUGGAGAACCUCGAACAGCAGCUGGUAGAGCAGGAAUAUGAGCUGCAGAAGGAGCAGAAUUUGAACAUGGAACUCUUCAGUGAAAUCCAUAACCUGCAGAAUAAGUUCAGAGAUCUCUCGCCAUCAAGAUACAAUUCAUUAGUUCAGUCCCAAGCCAGGGAGCUUUCCCUUCAACGACAGCAGCUUAAGGACAGCCAUGGCAUCUGUGUUGUUUAUCGCCAACAUAUGAACACCCUGAUUAAGGCAUUUGAUGAGUUGCUCCGGGCCAGUGACGUGGACUACGGUUUGGCUGAGGGUUUCCAGGGGCAGCUGAAUCAAUGUGCACAACUGCUGGAGGAAUUGGAGAAGUUGUUUCUUUCUGGAAAAUCAGCUGAAGUGGAGGCAAGUGCCCAGAAUAAAUUGAUAGACAGGUUUGAGGAAGACAACUUGACCUACCAGCAUAUUCUCCCUGAAUCUCCUGAGCCUUCAGCCUCUCAAGCAUUAUCUGAUUGUGAAAUGUCAGAAAAGUCUUCCUCAUCCUCACGAGACCAGAAGCAAGGUCGUGAGAUAGAGAAGAUUUCCAAUAUGGCUAACAAUUUUUCUCAAGAAAUGUUAAUGGAGCACAUACAAGAAAUCCGAACUUUGAGAAAGCGUUUAGAAGAAUCUAUUAAAACAAAUGAGAAGCUGCGGAAACAGCUGGAACGACAAGGGUCCGAGUUUGAUCAAGGUUCCGCAAGCAUUUUUACUUAUGGUUCAGAGCUGCACAAUUCUCUCACAUCAGAAAUUAAUUUCUUGAGGAUGCAGAACCAGGCUCUCAAUGUGAUGCUUGCUAAAGGAUCCAGAGAUAAACAGAAAGAAAAUGAACAAUUACGAGAAUCACUCUCCAGAAAGACUGCAAAACUCGAGCACCUACAGCAAGAGUAUGCCUGUGUGAAGGAAGAAAAUGAAAGGCUGCAGGCGGAAGCUGGGGAGAAGGAGAGACAGAACCAGCAGCUCCUCCAGGAGGUCUACAGCCACCGCGGCGAGCUGAGCAGGGCACAAGAAGAAGUGAAGUUGAAGGGGCAGCUGCUUUCACAGAAUGACGAGCUACUCCAGUCCCUUCGAGUGGAGCUGAAGGUGUACAAGAAACUGGAUGAAGAGCACAGGCAGUCCAGAGAGGCAUCAGGAGAAGGCUGCAAGGGUCAGGACACGCUCAGUGACCUCCAUGGCCUCCUGAGAGAGAUCCAGGUCCUGCGGAUGCAAUUGGAGAAGAGCAUUCAAACCAACAGCACCCUGCAGAGCAGACUGGAGGAGCAGCUGGCGAAGGGUGAGGAGAAGGCUCAGAAAACAGUGCUUGCUUUAGCUGUCCAAACCCUGUCCAUCCCCAAGCGGCCCCUCGAGCUAGACAAACACAGUGGUAACAGAUGUUCCAUGGCAAAUGAGAAUUCAUACGAUCUCUUUGAUACCACUUUGGCACUUCCACCAAAAUCAGCUGCAGAGACUCUUCCUCUCUCUGGAAAUGAUGUGGACUCACUCUCCGGCAACAGUGAUAGUUCAGCCACCAGCAUCCCGGGCAUGCCUUGCCUCAUCCCUGGCCGCCGCCUGUGGGCCAGCAAGAGUGGCCACCAUAUCUUGGGCCUGAUUGAAGAUUACCAUGCCCUGCGCAAGCAAAUUGUGAAAGGCCAGAGGCUCCUUGAUGAAAUGGACGUUCAAAUCCAGGAAGUUCCUGACCGCACAGUUUGGGAGCAGGAAACAGAGGGGCUACAGUCGGCGCCUCUGAGCCGGUUUGUCACCACUAUGAGCGCAGCCAAGCUGAUCCUGAAAGAAGCAUCAAGACUACUAAAGCUUUUCUGGAGAGCUUCACUCCCCACAAACGGCCAGUGCACUCAUCACUGUGAGCAGGUAGGUGACCUGAAGACCGAGAUCUCCAAGUUACAGAAAAAAUUAUUUGAACAAGACAAGAAGUUACAAAAUACCGUCAAGCUUUUACAGCUAAGCAAGCACCAGGAGAAAGUUAUCUUUGAUCAGUUGGUUGUAACCCACAAAAUCCUUCGAAAAGCCAGAGGAAACCUGGAGCUCAGGCCUGGAGGUGCCCAUCCAGGAACAUCCAGUCCCAGCAGACCAGGCUCCUGA